AUGGCUCAACCAGGUGUGGACACUACUGCGAUCAUCAAGAUCGCUGGUGCAGGGUUUCGGCUCUCUCUUCUCCUCAACGCUGCCGGCUGCCAGCUCGCCCAGUCUGGGAUCGAAAUCCAUAGCAUCGCGAAGGGUGUCUCCCUCUUCGCCUUGGCGCUGAAGCAGAUCGGCCAGACGCUGUGUCCGGCAGAUGGAUACCAAUCACGCGUGGAGGCACUGGACAAGUCGUGGGAAAUUGCAACCCACGGCCAGGCAAUCUUUACCGAGAUCGAACAGAUGCUGGAUCGACUAAAGGGGACCGACCUGCAUGAUACUCUCCGGACGCUUCCUCUGUCGCAACGAGUAAAGUGCUGUUUCAGGAAACAAAGUGUCACAUAUCUCCUCGCGCAGCUGGAGUCUCUAAAGCUGAGCCUGGCUGUGCUGGCUUUGAUACUGCGGCUGGGUAGACUGAUGAGCGGUGGUUCUGAGCUCACCGACGAGACAAUCGCUCAAGAGCGAGCAGAGGCCCAGAACAUGGUCAUUGUCCGCUACUGGUCUAUGAAACGCUUGGACCGCCUGUGGGAACUGGUGGAACAGGAAGCUGAAGAAACCGAAACCGAUCAGAUUAGUCGAUUGAUCCAUCACAAUAACCCGUACGCGGUCCCGGUGCUCCCCACCAGACUCCCUAUUGCAUUGUUUGCGGUGAGCGAGUCGACAAUGAGCAAGAUGGAGAAAUCCCCAAGGGACAUGCUCCAAUACUCGGAUCAAGUGGUUGACCAGCUGCUCGCCCAAUAUACCGAUCCACCGGACUGGCGAAAGCCACCCCCCAAGCAAGCAAGGCAGCGCACAACCCGUCCACGAUCCCAGUAUCACGCACAGGUGGAGAGCGACCCGGAAGAUACACGGCAACACUCGGGCCUGCCAGUCACUGGCCCAGUUCCUCCACAAGCACAACCCCCUAACCAUCCAUCCAAACACGUAUAUCAACAUCCAUAUCCACAACAACCAACCGUGGGGGGGGAGAUGUCCUCUCGGUCCGUGUGCUUCAAUCUCCCACCCCAACACCUCUCUACAGCACAUCACCGCUCGGCCUCAUCCAGCCGACAUGCGCGACGAGACAGAAAGGACCGGGACGGCAGUGAGAAUCUCGCGCGGAAUGCAGCUAGGGGACUUGUUGGGAUUGGGGCUAUUGCGGGGUUCAUGGAUGCCUUGGAAGCCUUUUCUAUCAUCUAG